AUGUCUGACGGCUCCGUUCUACCCUCCAAGCCGUCUGUGGUGCUGGAAGCCCACGAAGUCGACACCUUCCAUGUUCCCAAGGCAUUCUACGACAAACACCCCACGGGCACUCAUUUGAAAGACCUGGACGAGUACAAGCAGCUGUAUGAAGAGUCGAUCCGCAAACCAGACGUCUUCUGGGCUCGCAUGGCCCGCGAGCUCCUCACCUUUGAGCGAGACUUCCAAACGACUCACAUCGGCUCCCUAGAGAACGGAGAUAGCGCCUGGUUCCCCGAGGGUCGUCUGAACGCCUCUUUCAACUGUGUUGACCGUCAUGCCAUCAAAGACCCUAACAAGGUCGCAAUCAUCUACGAAGCCGACGAGCCCAAUGAGAGUCGCACGAUUACCUACAGCGAAUUGCUGCGCGAAGUGUCCCGUGUCGCUUGGGUGUUGAAGCAACACGGCGUCAAGAAGGGCGAUACCGUGGCCCUCUACCUUCCCAUGAUUCCCGAGGCUCUCGUCGCCUUUUUGGCCUGCUCUCGUAUCGGUGCCAUCCACUCCGUCGUUUUCGCCGGUUUCUCCUCUGAUUCUCUUCGUGACCGUGUCUUGGACGCCGGCUCCAAGGUGGUGAUUACGACGGACGAGGGCAAGCGUGGCGGAAAGGUGAUCGGUACCAAGCGCAUCGUUGACGAAGCCCUCAAGCAGUGCCCCGACGUCUCCAGCGUUCUCGUCUACAAGCGCACCGGGGCCGAGGUCCCCUGGACCAAGGGCCGUGACAUCUGGUGGCACGAAGAAGUCGAGAAGUACCCCAACUAUAUCGCACCCGAGCCGAUGGCUUCCGAGGACCCUCUGUUCUUGCUCUACACCUCCGGUUCCACCGGUAAGCCCAAGGGUGUCAUGCACAGCACCGCCGGAUACUUGCUCGGCGCUGCGAUGACCGGUAAAUAUGUCUUUGACAUCCAUGACGAUGACCGCUUCUUCUGUGGUGGUGACGUUGGCUGGAUUACCGGCCACACCUACGUGGUGUAUGCACCUUUGUUGCUGGGAUGCGCCACCGUGGUCUUCGAGAGUACCCCCGCCUACCCUAACUUCUCGCGUUACUGGGACGUGAUCGAGAAGCACAAAGUGACUCAAUUCUACGUGGCCCCCACUGCGCUGCGACUGCUCAAGCGAGCUGGUGAUGAGCACAUUCAGCACCAGAUGGCCCACCUGCGAAUUUUGGGCUCUGUCGGUGAACCCAUCGCGGCUGAGGUCUGGAAGUGGUACUUCGAAAAGGUUGGAAAGGAAGAGGCGCACAUUUGCGACACCUACUGGCAAACCGAAACUGGUUCGCACGUUAUUACUCCCUUGGGUGGCAUUACGCCGACUAAGCCGGGAAGCGCUUCGCUGCCCUUCUUUGGAGUCGAGCCCGCCAUCAUUGACCCGGUUUCCGGAGAAGAGAUCUCGGGCAACGAUGUGGAGGGUGUCUUGGCCUUCAAGCAGCCUUGGCCUAGCAUGGCGCGCACCGUGUGGGGUGCCCAUAAGCGUUACAUGGACACUUACCUGAACGUCUACAAGGGUUACUACUUCACCGGUGACGGUGCUGGCCGUGACCACGACGGAUACUACUGGAUCCGUGGCCGUGUGGACGACGUUGUCAACGUCUCUGGCCACCGUCUCUCGACCGCUGAAAUUGAGGCAGCCCUGCUUGAGCACAAUAUGGUUGCUGAGGCCGCCGUGGUCGGUAUUGCCGAUGAACUUACCGGCCAGGCCGUCAAUGCCUUUGUGGCCCUGAAAGAGGGCAACGAAACGAGCGACCAAGUCCGCAAGGACCUCGUGAUGCAGGUCCGCAAGUCGAUUGGACCCUUCGCUGCCCCUAAGGCGGUCUUUGUCAUCGAUGAUCUCCCCAAGACUCGAAGUGGCAAGAUUAUGCGCCGUAUCUUGCGCAAGAUCUUGAGUGGUGAGGAGGACAGCUUGGGUGAUACUUCCACGCUGUCGGACCCCUCCGUUGUGGAUACGAUCAUCUCUACGGUGCAUGCCGCUCGAGGCAAAUAA